AUGUUUUCCAGGAAUCUCAUUCUCGGCCACGGAAAGUCUCUAGUUAGUUCUGUUCGCCGCCGCCAAUUCUCCAUUGCGCCGGCCAGACUCGCUGAGGACGAUAAACCCGCUCCUUCCUCUCCUUACUGGAACGAUGAAGCUCUCGCGGGACGCACAAACCCACGCUCUGUCGAUAUAGACGAUAUUCUCCCACCCAACAACAACAAUGAGGGCCUCGCCCAGGCCAAGGAACAAGACAUUGAAGCCAUCGAAGCCAUCGAAGAGGAGGAGGUCGAAGAACGUGGCAGUCGCUUCAACAACGAGGAGGGUGGCAGUCGUGGCGGGUUCGGAGGUCGCGGAGGCUUCCGUGGUGGUCGUGGGGGAUAUGGCGGUGACCGUGGUGGCCGUGGUGGCUUUGAGCGCCGUGGCGGAUACAAUGGUGACCGCGGUGGGUAUGGGGGAGGCCGUGGUGGCUAUGGUGGCGACCGUGGCGACCGCCCAAGCUACGGCGACCGCCCUAGUUACGGUGACCGUGGUGGAUAUGGUGGCGGCCGUGGAGGUGAUCGUCCUAGCUACGGUGAUCGUCCUAGCUACGGUGACCGCAGUGAGCGUCCCAGCUAUGGCGAACGCCCCAGUUAUGGCGAGCGCAGCGAACGUCCUAGCUACGGUGACCGCGGCGGAUACGGCGGUGGCCGCGGAGGCUUUAGUGACCGUGGUGGCGGCCGCGGUGGUUACGGUGGUGGAGACCGUGGUGGUGAAGACCGUGGCGGCUUCGGCGGUGGCUUCCGCGGUCGCGGCGGCUUUGACGGAGAAGGCCGUGGCGGUGGAUUCGGAGGCCGUGGUGGUCGUGGAGGUUUCGGCGGUGGCCGCGGCGGUUUCGACGGUGAAGGCCGAGGUGGCUUCGGUGGUGGAUUCGGUGGUGGCUUCGGCGGGCGCGGACGCGGACGUGGCGGUCCAGGUGGCGGCCGUGGUGGUGGACGUGGACGUGGUGGACGUGGUGGUAGAGGCAGAGACGAUGACCGCAAUGCUUCAUCUCGUACCUCCCGCAGGGACCCUUUCCCUCCUGCGCCGCCCCCAGAGCAGGUUGAGCUGCCUUACACCCCUACUGUUCCCACUGCUGAAUAUCUCGCCCCUCACGUUCCGCCUUCAGUAAUUUCCAACCAGGGCAUCGGCGCCACCCUUUGGGCUGAUACUACUCAUAGCACAAAGCCAACCUCCCAAUGGACCUACGAGAACUGGAAGAACUAUGACGCCAGCCGCGAAUCAGCUCUCGGCAGACUCAUCGAGGGCAAGUACACGCCCCCUAAUGUGGGCCCUCACGGCAUCGCGGGAGAUAUCCACAGGAUGGUCAUGGUCAACGGAACCUACUCGGACAGAAAGAAGAGGGAGCUUUUGAUCAACGUUCUACCUAGACUUGGAAUGAGCCUUCCGGCUCCUCCUCGCGCGUAA